AUGAAGCUCCUGCCUGUUGCUCCUCUCCUCCUGUUUCUCUUGACAAUGCUGGAAGCCAGACCAAAACCUGCAGCCCUGAAGUGCAGGACAGGUCCCCUGGACAUCGUGUUUGUGAUCGACAGCUCCCGCAGCGUGCGCCCCUUCGAGUUCGAGAUCAUGCGGCGGUUCAUGAUGGACAUCAUCGGCAACCUGGACGUGGGCCCCAACGCCACGCGGGUCGGGGUGAUCCAGUACUCCAGCCAAGUGCAGAACAUCUUCUCCCUCAAGACGUUCUUCACGCGGGCGGACAUGGAGAAGGCCAUCAACAGCAUCGUCCCGCUGGCCCAGGGCACCAUGACGGGGCUGGCCAUCCAGUACGCCAUGAACGUGGCCUUCACCACGCAGGAGGGCGCGCGGCCUCCGCACAAGAAGAUCCCCCGCAUCGCCAUCGUCGUGACGGACGGGCGGCCCCAGGACCGCGUCACCGAGGUGGCCACCCAGGCCCGCAGCGCCGGCAUCGAGAUCUACGCCGUGGGCAUCCAGCGGGCGGACAUGAACUCGCUGCGGGCCAUGGCCUCGCCGCCGCUGGAGGAGCACGUCUUCCUGGUGGAGUCCUUCGAGCUCAUCCAGCAGUUCGGGAAGCAGUUCCAGAGCAAGCUCUGCGGGGUGAACAUGUGCCUGGAGCAGGAGCACGGCUGCCAGCAAAGCUGCGUCAGCACCCCCGGCUCCUUCUACUGCGAGUGCAACCCGGGCUACAGGCUCAACGCGGAUGGAAAGACCUGUUCCCCCGUCGAUGCCUGUGCAGACGGGAGGCACGGCUGCCAGCACCACUGCGUCAGCGCCCGCGGGUCCUACUCCUGCCGCUGCCGCGCGGGCUACCAGCUCAACCACGACAAGAGGAGCUGCUCUAUGAUCGAUUACUGCAGCUUUGGAAACCACAGCUGCCAGCACGAGUGUGUGAGCAUCCCCAACGGGCACUACUGCCGCUGCCACCGCGGCUUCACGCUGCAGCCCGACGCCAGGUCCUGCUGGGCCACCGACCUCUGCAACGGGGUGGAUCACGGCUGCGAGUUCAAGUGCGUGAGCAUGGAGGGCUCCUACCGCUGCGUGUGCCCCGAGGGCCAGCAGCUCCAGGCUGAUGGCAAGGCGUGCUCCAAGUGCGGGGCCGGGCACGUCGACCUGGUGAUGGUCAUUGAUGGCUCCAAGAGCGUGCGGCCCCAAAACUUCGAGCUGGUGAAGCAGUUUGUGAACCGCAUCGUGGACCUGCUGGAGGUGUCCCCCCAGGGCACGCGGGUGGGGCUGGUGCAGUACUCCAGCCGCGUCCGCACCGAGUUCCCCCUCAACAAGUACCACAGCGCGGACGAGAUCAAGAAGGCGGUGAUGGAGGUGGAGUACAUGGAGAAAGGCACCAUGACAGGCCUCGCCCUCAAGCACAUGGUGGAGCACAGCUUCUCUGAGCUGGAAGGCGCCAGGCCUCUCUCCCACAACGUGCCCAGAAUUGGGCUCGUCUUCACAGAUGGACGCUCCCAGGAUGACAUCUCCGAAUGGGCCAGGAGAGCGAAGGAGUCAGGCAUCGUCAUGUUCGCCGUGGGGGUCGGCAAGGCCGUGGAAGAGGAGCUGAGAGCGAUCGCCUCCGAGCCUGUGGAGCAGCACUUCUCCUACUCGGCAGACUUCACCACCAUGACCCACCUCGUGGAGAACUUCAAGCUGAACAUCUGUCCAGAGGAAGGCAAAGGGGUGAUGGAGACCCGCAGCCCCUGCGAGUGCGAGGUGCUGGUGGAGUUCCAGACAAACACCGUGGCCAUCCUGCAGAGCCUGACUGAGAAAAUUGCUCAGAUGACAGCCAGACUCGAGGACCUGGAAAAGCAGCUUGCCAACAAGAAGUGA